AUGUUUCUAACAAAAGUGCUUUUGGUGUUUUGUGCGUUGAAACUGGCGAACCAUCAGCCGCUUAACUGCACCCACGUUGAUCUUAAAGGUUUGCACUAUGAGCUACUACUGACCCACCUUAUCGAGAUGGAGUCACGGCUCCAAACAACCCUGCAGGAGAUCGCCCAAAACCAAUCCCGCCAACUGGAGGAGCUAAAGCUUCGUGCAAGUGCGUGUGGUUCACCUUCAUUAGCUUUAGAAACCACGGGACGAAUCAGUACACUCCUGCCUGGACGUAAGCAGAUACAAUUCCAUCGCGAAACAAUUUCUGGCAUCGGCAGUGAUCGAACCGUUGAUGGUGAAUGGGUCCUAUUCCAAUGGCGAUUUAAUGGGUCGCUGCUAUUUAACCGUAACUGGAGGGAGUAUCGUGCCGGUUUCGGCGAUACCGACGGCGAGCAUUGGCUUGGUUUAGAAAACCUACACCAAAUUCUAGCAACAGGACGCAACGAGUUGUUGAUUGUAAUGGAAAACUUUCAAGGCAGUACGGUGUACGCCCACUACGACAUGUUUAGCAUCGGAACCGAGCUGGAACGUUAUGCGAUCAAAACGAUUGGCAAAUACCGUGGCACAGCUGGAGACUCACUGUCAUUUCACAUCGGAUCCAAAUUUACUACCUACGAUCAGGACAACGAUGUACAUGCAUCGAACUGUGCCACCCUAUACAAUGGUGGCUGGUGGUUCAAAGACUGCUACUCGUGUUUCCUCAACGGAGAUUACAUUCCAACACCACAAAACCAAAACGUAGAAAAAGGAUUGAUUUGGGUUUCUUUUACCGGACCAUUUAGCUCACUGAAGUCUUCCAAAAUGAUGGUUCGGCAACGAAGUUCUUAA